AUGGACGAUGAUGUCUCUUCCAGCAGUGACGAGGAAGAGCAAACCGAGCGCCCGUAUAACGAGUUGUUGCAACUACUUCAGACCGAUGCCGAUUCUAAAGGACCAGCUCGCAAGCGGAGAAAGGUUGACAACGAUACCAGUGAUACCAAGGUGGCUGCGGCGGAAGAGGCCGAGGAAGAGGCUGAGGCCGAUGCUCUGCAAGAUCAGGCUCCGUCAGAUGAUGAGGAAGAGGCUCAAGACGACGAGGACGACGAUGCUGCUGGUCCUUUCGAGAAGCACUUCAACUUGCCCGAUGGGUCGGAUCUUUCCAAGAAGAUUGAGCAAAUCCAAGCGAACAAAUGGGUGUCGGCCAAGAAAGAAGCAGACGGUUUGCGCUUCGUGCAGUCAAUCCCGGAUAUGGGAGACGCCGCAUCGCUACUACCAGCCAUCAAGAGCACUGCGAACCUUAAGCUCAAAAAUAAACUCAAACCCCGCGUCGCCGAACUCUUGCCGACAAUCAGCGGCUCCGCCCAGCACCUCGCCCCAUACAUCUUCGAUUACCAGGAUCUACUCUUUGGGUCGCGAACGGCCAGCAAUGCGGAUAGCAUGCGCGAGCUUGCGGCCCUUCACACAGUCAACCAUCUCAUCAAGACUCGCGACCAAGUCCUGAAGAAUAAUGCCCGUCUGGCCAAGGACCCCGAUACCGAUAUCGAGUGCCGGGAUCAGGGUUUCACCCGGCCCAAGGUCCUCUACAUCCUCCCAACACGACAAGCCUGUGUGCGCGUCGUCAAUGCAAUUGCCCGGAUCUACCAAGCUGAGCAGCACGAGAACAAGAAGCGCUUCACUGACAGCUUCUCCUCGCCCGAUGAUGCUUCUUGGGAGAACAAGACGGAGGAUUUCCGCGAACUGUUUGGCGGCAAUGACGACGAUAUGUUCCGGCUGGGAUUGAAGUUUACCCGCAAGACUGUGAAGUACUUUGCGCAAUUCUACAACUCGGAUGUUAUUCUGGCCAGUCCGCUCGGUCUACGUACCAUCAUGGACCAAGCCGAUGCCAAGAAGCGAGACCACGACUUCCUCUCCUCCAUCGAAGUAGUCGUCGUCGACCACGCCGACGCUCUCCUCAUGCAGAACUGGGACCACAUCUCCUUCAUCUUCCAGCAUCUAAACCAGCAACCCAAGGAAGCCCACGGCUGCGACUUCAGCCGAGUCCGCAACUGGUACCUAGACAACCACGCCCGCCACAUCCGCCAAACAAUCGUCCUAGCCUCAUUCAUAACGCCAGAAAUCAACUCCCUCUUCUCAACACACAUGCAAAACACCUCCGGCCGCAUCAAAAUAACGCCCACCCACGCCGGCGCCAUAACCGACCUCCCCCUCCCCGUCUCCGUAAAGCAAACAUUCACCCGAAUCGACAGUCUCUCCCCAUCAAAGGAUCCAGACGCCCGCUUCAAACACUUCACCACAACAAUCCUCUCAACACUGGUGAAAAGUAUCACAGGCCGCAGUAACAAAGGUGGCGCGGGAACUCUCAUCUUCGUCCCCUCGUACCUCGAUUUCGUCCGUGUGAGAAAUCACUUCGCUACAUCGGCGCAAACGACGAAUGUUUCCUUCGGCGCGAUUUCCGAGUACACCGAGCCGCGGGAAGCGUCGCGUGCGCGGAGUCACUUUGUCACGGGUAGACAUUCCGUGUUGCUUUAUACGGAGCGCGCGCAUCAUUUCCGCAGGAAUCAGAUCCGUGGUGUGCGACGGGUGAUUAUGUAUGGUGUUCCUGAGAAUCCGGUCUUCUAUGGCGAGAUUGUGGGCUUUUUGGGGCUCGAUCCGGCGGCGGUUGUUGAGGCUGCGGAGGGUGGGGUGCGUGUUUUGUUCUCUAAGUGGGAUGCGCUGAAGUUGGAGCGUGUGGUGGGGACGUCCAGGGUGGGGAAUAUGCUGCGUGAGAGGGGAGGGGAUACUUUUACUUUUGUUUAG